UUCGUAUGGGUUUCUGUAACCAUUUCUCUGUCUUCAGGCUAGUUUAAAAAUAGCAAACAAACAAAAAAAAACAUUUAAGCUACAAUACUGAGAAAACAGGAAGUCACCAAAGUACGAGUAGCCUACACCAGACACAUUGUAUCAGAACAGAAACAGCAGACUUCAUGGACGUUAAGAACUGGAGAAAUGUGCGGUAUCUGACGGCUCCAGUCUGUAGUGAUAACAUACAGAACAGAGCAUGAAACUCCGCCCUUGAGCCUCAGUUGACCGACUUGUUUCAAGACCUCAAAGCGGUGUUCAGGUCCGGGUGGAGGGUCACAGCAGACGCUCCUACACGUGUUAACACUCCGAAACGUCGGCUGACAUGGAAAUGAAAUGAUCUUUGACUCAAAUUCCAACUGUACAGGCUUUAGGCGCAAGAGUUCGACUCCUGAAGUUGCUUUAAAACCCGGGGGAGGAAAUGAAUUAACGGACCCGAUUUUUUUAGUUUUAGAUUUUUCAAAAAGACUGGUGAUUUGAAACAUAGACUUUGAUUCAACUUCCCCUUUUCUCCUUCUCCACCGCUGGGUGUUCACUCCCUAUGAAACAGAGCGACUUUCUACUCCGGAAAGUUUAAAGCGUAAAGAAGUUUGGAGCGAAAACUUGAUACUCCAUGAGUAGUAUUGAGGACAUUGGUUUAAUAUGAGCGAGAAAGAAGCCUUAGGAGACACUACACUAAACGGAGAUAAAGCGAAGCCGGACUCUGAAAACAAUGUUAAGCAAGAGGCGGGUGACUCGGAGAAGCCUCCCGGCGAUCAGUGCGAGUUUGGCGGCCACGAAGGGCAGCGACCCACCCGUCUGUACAAGCGGCGCUGGCUGAUCGUCCUCCUGUUCAGCUCCUAUUCACUGUGCAACUCCUUCCAAUGGAUCCAGUACGGCAUCAUCAACAACAUCUUUAUGAACUUUUACAACGUGGACGCCUUCACCAUAGACUGGAUGUCUAUGAUCUACAUGCUGACAUACAUUCCCUUCAUCUUCCCGGUCACCUGGCUGCUGGACAAAAAGGGGCUCCGGGUCAUCGCGUUAGUGGCCACCGCGCUGAACUGUGCGGGGACGUGGAUCAAGGUGGCCAGCGUCAGACCCAACCUGUUUGCGGUCACCUUUCUGGGACAGUUCUGUUGCUCUUUUGCGCAGGUGUUCAUCCUCGGGAUGCCGUCGAGGAUCGCGUCAGUUUGGUUUGGUUCAGGGGAAGUGUCCACCGCCUGCUCCAUCGGAGUCUUCGGUAAUCAGUUGGGCAUUGCCAUUGGGUUCCUGGUGCCUCCUAUACUGGUGCCCAAUGUGGAGGACAUGGACGAACUGGCUAGCCACAUCAAAGUUAUGUUCUACAUGACAGCAGGAGUGGCCACCUUACUCUUCAUCCUCGUCGUCUUUGUCUUCCAGGAGCGUCCUGAACUUCCUCCGACUCAGGCCCAGGCCACAGCUCGUCUUAUCCCACCAGAGCAGUACUCUUACACAGCCUCCAUCCUCAGGCUGCUCCGCAACAAGCCCUUCAUCCUCCUCAUCAUCACUUACGGUCUGAACGUGGGUUGCUUCUAUGCUGUUGGCACUCUGCUGAACCGUAUGAUCAUCGUGCAUUACCCUGGAGAAGAGGUGAAUGCUGGGAGGAUUGGACUCACCAUAGUCAUUGCGGGGAUGGUCGGCUCUCUCAUCUGUGGGAUCUGGUUGGACAAAACUAAAACCUACAAGCAGACAACCCUGGCGGUCUACUUCAUGUCUCUGGUGGGGAUGAUAGUUUAUGCUGCUACACUCAAUCUGGGACACCUAUGGGUGGUCUUCAUCACCGCUGGAGCUCUUGGGUUUUUCAUGACCGGCUAUCUUCCCCUGGGCUUUGAGUUUGCAGUCGAGCUGACGUACCCAGAGUCAGAGGGAACUUCAUCCGGACUUCUCAAUUGUUCAGCACAGGUGUUUGGCAUUAUUUUCACCAUCUGCCAAGGGAAAAUCAUUGAUGGCUUCGGCACAUUGGCAGGAAACAUCUUCCUUUGUGUCUUCCUUUUAAUCGGAACUAUAAUGACAGGAUUGAUAAAGUCCGACCUGCGGAGACAGAAUGCAAACAUGUUGGCCAAAGCAGCUGAAACCUCGGACUGUCCCAAUGAAAGCCUGGUGGAACCUCAUGUUAUCAGAGAAGCCAAGUUAUAAACCGCACACACGAACAUACAAGCCUUGAAAAUGUCUUCAGGCUCUUUCCUGUUACCGUAUAACAUACGGUAUAACAUAGGGAUGUCAAAGAGUUAGAUGUACAUUGUUGUAAUAACUAUUUAUAAAAAAUAAAAUCUAAAAAAACGAAAUAAAUCGGAUGUGUGAUGCACAAUGUUGAGCGUUAUAAGUGACUGUAUAGAAAUAUUUUUAUAAGAGAUUAUGACUGACUAAAUACUCUCACUAACUUUACAAGACUAAUUUUGGAAACAUUUUGUUUGUGGCUCAGCAAGCUGUCAGUAUUUUCUGUUUGAUUAUGUAUAAGCAGGUGCACAUGUUGUCAUGCAACACUAUGUUUGUCGUUACACAGUUAACCAUGUUAACAGUGUCAGCAUUUUUAGAAGAUUUGAUUAAUACAGCAUAUGAAGGAGUUUCUGAUCCAUUGCAGUCCACAGAAAAUGAUCAAAUAUCGAUGACACACAGUUGUUUAUUUUAUUUGUAACAGCCUUCAUGUUUACCUAUUUAACAUGGAAUAAAACUUGUUUUUUUCUAAAGUUA